GGUGGCUGAUAGGAGGGGUUGAAGUGAAUGACGCUGGCUGCGCCUUGAUGCUGAGCGGAGCGCUCACCUGCAGACGAGAAGAGCCGGGGAAAACUCGGGACAGAGCUGCAGCACACACUCACGGAGCGCAGGUUGGGACGUAGCGAACAGUCUGACCAGAGUGGGGGAGGAAAUUAAUCAAUCACCGAAGAAGAACCAGGAACGACCCUCUUUCUUCUUUUUUAUCCUCCGGUUCAUUGUCCUGGCAGCUUUGAUUCGUUUUUACUCGCCAACAAUGCGGUCCGACUUCGUAGUGGUCCUGACAGCAGCUCUUCUUUUUGAUACGUUUUGGAGGACUAAUGGGGAGCACACCUCCCCAGAUCCCUGUCGACCUGGCUUCUCGCAAAGCUUCUACUCCGUGCAGAUAUCGAGGGAUAUACUGCAAGGCCAGGGCGUAGUUAAAGGUACCACAGUGUCAUCACAAAAAGUGAAAUUUGAUGACUGCAUGGGCAAUGAGGCCGUGGUUUUCCAGAGCACCGACCCUGUCUUCAGCGUGCGGACGGAUGGAUCCAUCUUUGCCAAGGGAGACAGAGCCAGGCUGGAUGAACCGGUUCAGUUUAAAGUGACAGCACGUGGCCCUCACACAAAUGUCUGGGAGACUGUAGUUCAAAUGGCGCUGAUUGACCUGUCGUCAUCGGGGCAAAAUGAAAAUGAGGUCACAGAGGAAGAAGGGAGCAUCAGUGAGCAAAACGAGAAGAAAGACGCGUUCCAGGCACCACCUCCUGCCAUAAUGUUCCCAGGGUCCCGCAUGAACAGGACCGGGGGUCUCCGAAGGCAGAAGAGAGACUGGGUGAUCCCACCAAUCAACGUGGCAGAAAAUUCUCGUGGACCAUUCCCUCAGAUGCUUGUCAGUAUUCGUUCAGACCAGGACCAGGACAUCUCUAUUCGAUACAGCAUCACUGGGGUGGGAGCAGACCAACCGCCCAACGAGGUGUUCAGCAUCGAUCCUAUGCUUGGAAAGAUGUUUGUCACCAAACCUCUGGAUCGAGAACAUCGAUCUUCUUAUCAUCUGCGAGCCCAUGCAGUGGACAUGAAUGGGAACCAGGUCGAGAACCCCAUUGAUCUGUACAUCUUCGUUAUCGACAUGAACGACAAUAGACCCGAGUUCAAAAACCAGGUCUACAAUGGUUCUGUGGAUGAAGGUUCUAAACCAGGAACUUACGUGAUGCAUCUGUCUGCAUUUGAUGCCGACGACAACACCACAGCCAAUGGAAUGGUGCGCUAUCGGAUCCUGUCCCAGACACCGCACAGUCCGAUCCCCAACAUGUUUACCAUCAACAGUGAGACGGGGGACAUUAUGACAGUUGCGCCUGGACUCGACAGAGAGAAAGUGUCCCAGUACACCAUCAUCGUGCAAGCCACAGACAUGGAGGGGAACCUCAACUUUGGCCUUUCCAACACAGCUACUGCCAUCAUCACUGUCACGGACAUCAAUGACAACCCUCCCAUGCUGACCUCCAGAACUUUUUCUGGCGAGGUCCAAGAGAACACAGUGGAUGCUGUGGUGGCUAAUCUGACAGUCAUAGAUGCUGACCAACCUCACUCACCUAACUGGAACGCCAUCUACAGGAUCAUCAGCGGGGACCCAACUGGGCACUUCACUAUCCGCACUGAUCCCAUUAGCAACGACGGCAUGGUCACUGUGGUAAAGCCAGUCGAUUUUGAGAUGAACCGUUCCUUCAUGCUGACAGUGGUGGUGUCCAACCAGGCCCACCUGGCUAGCGGCAUCCAGUCUUCCCUCCAGUCAACCGCUGGGGUCACCAUAUCUGUGAAGGACGUCAACGAGCCCCCUUACUUCCCCACCAACCCGAAACAGAUCCGUUUCGAAGAAGGCGUUCCCACCGGCACCAGCCUGACGACUUUCUCAGCUUCAGAUCCUGACAGACUCCAGAUGCAACAGAUGAUCAGGUAUUCAAAGCUGAACGACCCCGCAAACUGGCUGUCUAUCAACAGAAGCAGCGGUCAGAUUGUAACAACAGGAAUGCUUGACCGGGAGUCCGUCUAUGUAAAAAACAACAUAUAUGAGGCUACGUUUCUGGCUUCAGACAAUGGCUUUCCUGCAGCCAGUGGCACAGGCACGCUGCAGAUCUAUUUGAUAGAUAUUAAUGACAACCCCCCAGCGCUCGUACCAAGGGAGUCUCAGAUCUGUGAGAGGAUGAACAAGAACGUCAAUGGUGUCAACAUCACUGCAGCCGAUGCAGACACGGAUCCCAACGCUGGACCCUUUGUCUUCGAGCUGCCCAACUUCCCCAGCAGCAUUCGACGUAACUGGACUAUUGCACGGAUCAGUGGUGAUUACGCCCGUCUGAGUCUUCGGUACCAGGUUUACUUAGAACCAGGAAUGUACGAGGUCCCUAUCAUUGUGUCGGACUCGGGCAACCCUCCACUAUCCAACAGGUCCGUCAUCAAAGUGAAGGUGUGUCCAUGCGACGAAAAUGGAGACUGCACCACACUUGGCGCCGUCGCAGCCGCUGGCCUGGGGACUGGAGCCAUCAUCUCCAUCCUAAUCUGCAUCAUCAUACUACUCUGCAUGGUGCUGUUGUUUGUGGUGUGGAUCAAGCGUAGGGAGAAGGAGAGGCAGACGAAGCAGUUGCUGAUUGACCCUGAAGAUGACGUCCGAGACAACAUCCUCAAAUACGACGAGGAGGGGGGAGGAGAAGAGGACCAAGACUAUGACUUGAGUCAGCUGCAGCAGCCCGACUCCUUAGAACACAUCAUCACCAAGCCGCCGGGCGUACGCAGAGUUGACGAGAGGCCCAUUAUCCCAGAAUCCCAGUACCCCAUCAGACCAGUUGUGCCCCAUCCUGGAGACAUUGGGGACUUCAUCCAUGAGGGUCUGCGGGCUGCAGACAACGACCCCACAGCCCCACCGUAUGAUUCCCUUCUUGUUUUUGACUAUGAGGGUAGUGGCUCCACUGCCGGCUCAGUCAGCUCCCUCAACUCCACCAGCACAGGAGACCAGGACUAUGACUACCUCAACGACUGGGGACCCCGUUUUAAGAAGUUGGCUGACAUGUAUGGUGGCGGGGAUGAUGAUUAAAAAUCCGGCCCCGUCUUACACACACACAAACAUGCACCCUCGACCCGUCAGCUGGCCUGCCAAGCUAUGACUCUGCAACACAAUGGGGCCAUUAAACCUUUCUUGAACACACAUUAAAGAUGACAUGUUCUCACGGACCGACCAACCAAUCCAAUAACCCACCACAGAGGACCAGUGGCGUGAGUCACUUCCAGGUGCUCUUCUCAACCGGCUCCUGCUCUAAGCCUGUCUAAGACUGUAAUGGAAGCUCUGAUUUGCAGGCUUUGUGUCGUAUCUGCUCUCAAACUCAUGUACUUCUGUUUCACUUUAGUUUUUUAGUUGUAGACUUUGGUUCCUUUUUUAGGUCUGGUUUUAUUUCAGUUUCAAUUGCCUUUUCUUGUCCUCUGUCUUGUUUGAUUCAGAAGAUUCACUUUUCCUGAGAGAUUUCGCUUUUCCCCCUCCGUCAGCCCCCCCCCCCCUGCCUGCCUCUUUGACGAGCUUUAGGUUGAGCUACAUGCUUUGUCUAAGGCAAACAAAAGUGAGAAAAUAGAUAACACAGAUAUGAAAGUCCUCUUUACAUGGAGGGCCCUAAUUCAUUCUCUCCUGAACUUGAAAUACUUAGAACAGAAGCACUGUUGUUUGAAAAAAGUGCCUUCAGUGGUGCGUUUUCUUUUUUUUUAGCAGACUUCUGCUAACUCAGGAUUGGUUGCCAUUCUCUGGGCUCACAGGCCCUGAUAUGACCCCAGACCCUUUAAUUCAGACCUCCCUCAUUAUUUCUCCCAUCCGGCAGGGCCUGCGGUAUUUGUGGGAGAUGUCAGUGCUGGUUUCAGAGGAGCAGCGACUGGCUUUAGAGAAUGCUUCAUAAAGACGUACUGUACAUAGGCCUACAGUGUGUCUCUAGGUAAUGGACAAAUCAUUAGGUUUUUCGAGUGAAACGUACCUGUGCUCCUAGAUCACAGUUAGCUUGAACGUGGUUGAUGAAAUCACAGAAACACAUAACGAGACUGUCUUAGAGAAAGAAAAGAAAAAUGCAUUGUGUCUUUGUUUCUUGUAGCAACAGCAGCUGUGUUUGUUUUGAGCUCUCUGUAUGUGAAAGUUGGGGCUUGUUACUAAAUCUGAAGGUUAACAAGUAAAAUGUGCUCUCUUUGCAAUGUUACUGGGUAUGACAUCCUUAUGAAGGUUACUUAAGGGAUUGGCUGUAAGAUCAUCUAACAUUUGCGUAUAGAUUUUUUUGGUCAAAGGGGAAUACCUUGCCAUUUUUGUUAGAAAGAUAUUGUGGAAGUGUAAACAUUAAAGUUACAAAUAUUACCAAAAGUCCAACACAACAGUAUGAAAUUUUCCUAGCUGUGUUAACUGGCUCUUCCUGCCUCUAAUUCUACUUUGAUCGGCUGUUCUUUCCUGCUGCAUUUUGCUUCCUCACCAUUAAGAAUAUUUGCAAUAUAUAGUUUUUUUUUUUAUAUACACAGCUUGUUUUAGGUUCAGAAAUGAGCAGUCUGCCAUAGGAAGUCAUGUUAGAAGUCUCUUGGGGACUUUCAUUAAAGUGGGUAGGAGAUGAAUUGAAAUAUGAGCCAAAUUCAGCAGAUAACAGAAAGGCUAAAUAAAGUACAUCAAAUUUACUUAGUUUCAUCCUGUUGAGGUGUCAACAUUGGCCAUAGAUCAUACUGAAUUUGAAAAUGUUGGCAUACUUAAAUGUAUUAGAUUUAAGGUAGUGGUGUCCAAUGUCAGUCCUCAAAGGCCCUCCAUGUUUCAAAUGUUGUACUGGUUCAACACAGCUAAACCUAAUGCCCUUUGCAGACCUUGAUGAUAGACUGAGAAGGUAAAUCAUCCAUUUGAAUCAGAUGUGUUGAAGCAGGGAACGCUUCAAAACAUGCAGGAGACUAGCCCUCAGUUACUGGAGUUGGACAUUUAAGGAAAUGGAUAACUGUUUUAAUCACAAACACAAGUUUCUAAAAGACUGUCCAAAUGUCAAUUCCCCUAUGAAUUUGUCUUUGUUUUAAAGUUCAGAAACCCUGCUCUCUGACACAGUAUGAUAUAUCAUCUACUUCUAAUAUAAAUGUGUAGUCAUUGACAAAUCAGGGCAGGACGGCUAGAAAAGAUACAAACAUUCUUAUUGAUGGCUCUUAAAGAGUAAAAAAGAUAAAAGUGUGUGUGUGUGGGGGGGGGGGCGGGGUGUCUGUGUGUGUGUGUGCAUUUCUAACAGAAACAAAUAAGGCAGGUUCAGGAACUUAGUACUGUUACAAACCAACUAUCUUUAGGCAGUGGGCCAUUUAUUAGAAAUGUUGGUCUUAAAAAUCCUAAAAUUAAGUCUAAGGCAUUUUAAGAAAGGAAAUCAUGAGGCUCUUAACAAUGCAUUUGCUUCCUGUCAGCUGCCUUGGAGCUUUUGGAAACUUAAUUUUAGUGCAUCAGAGACUGCUUGAGAUGGGCAAAAUGUAGUUUGCUUAUUAUGUUGUUUGAAUAUGCAAAAUAUUUCACAAAGGUGCAGAGAGAAGCUGAUCAGUGUAAAUAUGAUUUAUGCAGACACUGGUAGGUAAUGUAAAUGUUUUCAAUGAUAACUCACAUUAAGAUCUACAAAUAUCAGUUACUUUUUCUAAAUUUCUGGUUUUAUUCAAGAUAUUAGUUAAAAGAAAACUAUUAUGUUUUAACAAAAUAGACAAACAAGUAGCCAUGAGCUAAUAUUCACAGUAUGAAAUUACUAUUGUGUUAUGGUAUCAUGGUAUUUACACAAAAAAAUAAGACCAAAGUGCAUAACCAAUUUGAUUGCUUUUAUUAAACUCAGUAGUAUUUCUAUUCUGCCAAAAUAAAAUACUUUUAGUUAUAUUGAUUGUAUCUAUACUGUACUUUAUUUUGAUGCGUAGAUUUAGGAAAAAAAACUGUCAGUAAACAUAAAAUGAUUUAUGUGCUUAUUGCACAGAGAAUCAUCCCUGUUUGCUCCUUCUUUAUAGAUGAACAGAUUUAUAACAAGCUGACAUUAGGUAUUUAAGUAGUUGGGCUUUCUGCUUAAAGCCUGAAGUUGGCUGCUUAACUUGAAAUGCUGCUCAUAAUUUGUCAACUGUAGUAUAAAAACCUUAAUAAGAGUAGUGUUUUUCAGUUUACGCAGAUUGUAUGUUUUAUUUUGGGACAGGAAAUCUGCAGAAAGUGCUUAAAUUGUGUGCUUAUUUUAAGCAGCAGAAAAGUAUAGCAGCUUUCAUUCAGCCAGCUGACAAGCAGUGCGCAGAAACAGGUGAGGGAGCGAAAGUGCUCCGUUCACUUCGGCUGUUCCUCUCCCGUCUCAUUCGAAGCACUUUAAACCAUAGAAAUAGUAUGACAGAUCGUUUUGGCAGCUUUGAAGCCAUUGCUUUUUAGAACCGUCUCACACCUUGACCAAGUACAAAGAAUGAGUGAAAAUGGACCAGAGAGAAAAAUUGAAAUGUUUGCCUGUAGGUGAAAGUAUAUAGAAAGUGGAGAGUUGUAUUUGACUAUAACAAAAAACAAAAAACGAAAGGAACGACCAAUCCAGUGUAAAUAAAAAGGUCAACAGGGUCACUUUGGGUCAAUUCGCAGGUUGAUAAGUAUAAAUUGCUGCUUGUAGAACCCAGAAACGGUGAUCAUCAGCCAGCUCACAUAUGAGAGCAGAGAGAGAGAGGUUUCCACAGCUCACUGCUAGAUUAGCUGUGAUCUGGGUGACUGCCUCUUAGCCUGAAGAAUAUCUUCACAAAAUAAACACAGCUGUUAGUUCCUAUUUGUGGUUCUUUCUGACAUAUAAAUGUUGUAAAUAUUGGACCUUUUUAUACAUAUGGUGACAUUAGUUUUUCUGUGCAAUCUUUUUUUCCACUAUUGUUUGGUUUCAAUUGAAUCUUUGGCAAAUUAUAUUUCACAAAAAGCCAUGUGCAUUUACUAGAAUUUGUAUGAAUCUGUACGGGCUGACAGCCAUACUUGUAUCGCUUCAUCGUGGCGAGAGGGUUCCACUCCAAACCAACCUGUACAGUACACGCUCACUCCUCUAGGCCUUACUGUAUAUAUAAGAGUGCUAUAUAAUGAAUGAGCCCAUUCUGCAGUGUUUUAAUUCAUCUGAAAAGCAGCAUUAUGACUGAUGGCCAUUCUGUCUCCAAAGAAAGACAAAAUGUAGUGCUGAUGUUCUAAAAUCAGACAUUCAAAUCAGAUUCUGGGCCAAACAGAAGACGGCAGCCAACCUUUAUAAACUGUGUUGCAUAAAGAUACAUCACACAUUGUCGUUAUACUGAAUGUUUUCAGACUCUGUUAGACUUGGCAGCAAGACGCCAAUGCAUUGACUGAAACUUGACCCUAGUGAUCUUCAACAUGUGAGGCAAAAUGAAGAAAGAUUGGUUAUUUCCUGUUACAUUCUUGGUCCAUUUGUUGUAUUGACAUUCUCUUGUGAAUGGAAAGGGAGAAUUCACGAAGGAAAACCAAGAGGGAACAACUGCACUGCCAAAGUUCAUCCAUGAGUUCUGUCUGGCGCUUGGGGUUACACAAGGAACACCUAGUCACUGCUGGCUGUUCCAGACUCUCUAUAACUACGGACACAGACCUGAAGGAAGAGUCUAAAAGAUGCCAAACAUUUGUUCUGCUAAGGCCUGCAUCCCAAAUAUGGGCAUCAGGCUUUCAUACGAGUGCUCCUACUAUUAAAAUCCAAGUGUACAUAAUGUAAUAUUUGCUUGAAGCAAAACAGACCAUGUUAGACAAGCUGUAACUGUACAAUUGGAGCUUUUUGCAUGUGUCUUUUUUAUAAUGGGCAGAUGAGUUCUAACUGAAGUAACCAUGCAACAAUUCAAAAACUGUGCAGCCUGCAUGACGGAGGCUGGAGUCCAGAUGGAACUCUGGUGUACGCAUAUUGUUUCAAAUGAAGGAGAGAGAAGAAAAAAAAGAUGAAAAAAAUAUUGCACAGGUAUCAACUUAAAAGACUUUUUGUAAAUUGCCAACAGCACAAAUAUUUUAUAUUGUUGUUUGUACCUUUUUUUUAAAAAAAGAAGAAAAAAAAAAAAAUAAAAGAGUCUGUUAUUUCAAGCGUGUGUUUAUAGUGCCACUGCAAUCUUGGUUUCCAGAAAUACCAUACAGUACAUGCACAGCCUUGCAGAUAAACCUUGUAAUAUAGACGCUGAGCCAGAGAUUCCCUGUCAGCAUCAUGUGUUAUAAAUAAAAGGUUCCCUUCCUUGUAA